CUACGUCUGACGACCAAAAAAUUAAUUAUCAGUGAAUCUUCUAUAAAUGGGUCAUGAAGGAGCUAUUGGAGGUUCUUUUGAGGAUGAAAAUCUGUGUAGUAUUUGUCUAAAUCCAUUUUCCAGCUUGGAGAAAGAUACGCCGGAUAUUAAGGAAAAUAACAUAGAAAAAGAUAAUAUGAAUGAAUGUACAAAGUUAAGGACGGAUAUAGCGUAUUUGGGAGGUUGUAGGCAUUAUUUUCAUUAUUAUUGUAUUGAAAUAUGGGUGAAAAUUGCAAAUACAUGUCCAGUUUGUAGAUAUUGUUUUGAUUAUAUGAGGGUAUCACGUUUUGUAGGAGGGCCAUUUUUUUCCCAAUAUUCAGUAGAAAAGAAGGGUAAAUCGGGUAGUUUUGAAGUAUUGAAUCUGGGGGAUAUUUGUCGUUGUAUUAUAUGUGGAAGCAGUGAAGAUGAGCAGGUUCUUAUGAUAUGUGAUCGAUGUGAUGAUGGGUAUCAUACAUAUUGUUUAGGGCUUGAAGAGGUUCCAAGCCAGGAUUUUUUAUGUCCAACAUGUAUAGCACUUUCAGAAGAGUAUUUUUCCUAUGUUCCAAGGCGCAGAGAAGCAUUGGGAGGUUCAAGAUUAUUAAUUGUUGGUCAACGGGUUAAUAGGAACAACCGUAGUGUUUGUGUGUCUAGUGGGUUAAAUACAAGUGCUAAACAAGAAAGAAAAUGUAAUAUUUCUCUGAACAAUUCAUGGUUAGAAAGGGCAUAUCAAGAUUGUGGGAUGUUGGGUAUGCAAAACAAUGAAGGAGGAGGUGAGAGGAGUCAUACAUCAGCUUCUUUAGCGUAUAAAGCGGAGUCAUCAUAUAAUCCAGGAAAGUCACGAUCAGGAUUAUUGAAUUUAAGUCCUGAAGAAAAGGCAUGGAAAAUGUAUGAAGUUCAAAAGCGUGGUGAAAAGUUUGAGAAAUAUGAUGAUUCGUUUAAAGAUGAAUUUUUAACAACCCAGAAAAAGUUUAAACGUCCUUUGAUAGCGAGAAAUGAAAUAAAGAAUAUGGGAUAUAAUUCUGGAGAGCAAAUGGCAGGUGUUUCAAAUGAUGAUUACUCUAUAUCCUAUCUUAAAGGAAAGGCAAAAGAGAAGAAUGAUAGUCAGUUAGGUUUUUUGCAAAAUUUAUUGAAUGAUAUAUCAAAUACUUCGAAUUAUUCAUAUCAAUUAAAACAUGAUACAGAAUCUUUUGAAAAUUAUUACAAUAAAAUGUCACAUGAAUCAGAACCAUCUAAAAAGAGGAAAAGCUCUGUUUUUAUCUCAAAUGUAUCGUUUACAGAUGAUGAUACUCAAAAAAAAUCUUUUCAAUCAAAUUCUGAUACAUUUUCGGGAAUGAAAUCCAAAAAAGUCUGCCAUUCUUCAGCUACAUCUUCUUCUAUGGCCUUAUCGAAAUCAUUUUUGACUACGUUUUCUUCUUUUUCAUCAAAGUCUACUUCUAAAUCUUCUGUUAUAUCUCCUGGAAGAAAAAUUGCAUUUACAAUUAAGAAAAAAAUUGAGAAAAUUGUAUCUAAAGAACUACGGCUAUAUUAUCCGGAAAAAAUAUCAAAAGAUACAUGUAAAUCAAUUAAUAAGCGAGUCUGUAGAAUGAUUUAUGAGGAUGUUGCACUUUUAGGUGAACAUAUGUUUGAUGAUUUCGAUAAUCUUUGGUAUGAUAAAAUUAAAACUGAAGUUGUGCGUCUUAUAAAGGAUAUUGGACAUAUAUAAUCACUGGUUUUCGUUUGUUAUAUGUUUGUUUUUAUGCAUA